AAGAAUUUGAAAUCAAGAACUAGGAACUAAGUUCCCGGGCCGCAGCUUCCUUCUUCACCAAUGACCACCUCGCUCAUCCACGACCUCCUCACACCCGCCAUCGACACCGCCAAAGCGCAUCAAUAUGCCCUCACCCAAUACGCUGACGCCCUCUCUGCAGAGCUCGACGAGCUCGACAAACUCCUCAAAGCGGCGGAGCGCGACAAAGAAGAUGGGGACGAGGUCCUCGGGGUCCAAGUACAGGUCGUAGGCGCGAAUAAACCUAUGGGGCCGGUAGCGUCGAGUGAGCUAGUCAAUCCAUCAUCACCAUUCUAUGAGGAGUCGAAGCAGAGAAUGCAGUAUCUAGCUUGGACGACUCUACGGCCUAUGAAGGCCAAAGAACUCGCGGCACUAGAUAAGGGCGUCAAGAACGAGAAUACACGGCUGAAAGCACUGCAAACGAGGGAACGUGGGUCAUCGGAUAUCGACAUAACUCACAACACAGAAGGUAUCAACUGGGCCAUUAUCGCUGAAAAAGUAUCCGACGCGUCUACGGCGAAAUGGACCGCAGACGAGGUAGAGUUCAAAUGGAUGGCAGACAAGCACCCUAGGAUCAAUCAUGGCGAGUGGACAGACCAAGAGAUUGAGCAUUUGAAGGUAGUCGCUCAAGAGACAAAGGUGGACUGGGUGCAAGUUGCAAAGGACCUUGGUACAAACCGUAUCCCUCUUGACUGUAUGCGCAAAGCCAUCCAGCUUCGGCAACGGCCCAAAUAUGCGUGGAAGAAACGUGUCGAUGACCGACUCGAGGAAGCCGUCGGAAAGUACGGUGUGGCGAACUGGAGUCUAGUUGCCCGAUACGUCGCCAACGACCUCAACGCCGUACAAUGCGAAGCGCGAUACGUCCGACUACAUCUCAAUCGCAGCCCAUGGACGGAGGCAGAGGACGCACGGCUGGAUUUGGCAGUGGCGGGGUACGGACAGAGCUGGGUGGAUGUGGCGAGUGCGAUGCCGGGGCGGACGAAUGACCAAUGCCGGGACCGGUGGAUCGAGCGACAAAAGGUGGCCAGUGUCUGGACGGAGGACGAUGAUCGUCGGCUCGUCGAGCUCGUUGACCAGUUUGGGACCCUUGUGCGAUGGAAGGCCGUCGCGAGCGAGAUGGGUGGGGGGAGGACUGAUGUCAAUUGCCGGUUGAGGCAUAACAAGAUCAAGCCGACGCCUCCUCCAGAAGCACAAAAGAAAGCCAAAGCCAAAGAAAAAGAAAAGGAAAAGGAAAAUCCCGUCUGGAAGCAGCCUCCUACAUAUGCGCUCAGUGCACCAGUUUCUGCCGCGCCUCCUUCAGCUGGGCCUGUGUUGACUACGUGGGCACUGAACCCGCGUACGAGGGGAAACCAGGCCGUUCCGAAUCCAGCUCCGCGUGCAUGGCCAAGCCCGGUCCCUCAACCGCCUAUACCAGCUGAAGCUGGGCCGUCAACACCUCAACCCGUUGCCGUAGAGUCUGAUGCUAUGGACGUUGAUCCUGUGGUUCCUCAACAACAAUCGAAACCAAAAGGGAGACGGAAGAAGGAUGCUAACUUGAACGACGAUCCGAUGGAUGUAGAUACCGAGACUGCGCCCAAGCCCAAGCCGAGGGGAAGGUCGAAGAAGGCUCAGAAUGAGGAAGCAGAUGUUCCUGCGACUGCUGCGAAGGGUUUGAGAAGAAGUGCGAGAGGCAAAGACAAGGAAAAGUAGGAAUUAUACUUUGAAUAUUGUCUUCAAUGGACAUGUCAAGGACAUUCCUUAUUUUAGAUGUAAAAUUUCAGAAUUCGGCUAUCGGCGCUAUGGUGUAGUGGCAGC